AUGGAGGAAGGGCAUGUUCUCUUUGGUCGACGGCAUAUAACAAAGCCGAGGAUCAUUCACGAGGACGACGCUCCUCACGAGAACGACGCUCCUCACGAGAACGACGCUCCUCACGAGAACGACGCUCCUCACGAGAACGACGCUCCUCACGAGAACAACGCUCCUCACGAGAACAACGCUCCUCACGAGAACAACGCUCCGGCUCCUCACAACAACGACGCUGAGGCUCCUCACGACAACGACGCUGAGGCUCCUCACGACAACGAGGCUGAGGCUCCUCACGACAACGAGGCUGAGACUCCUCACGACAACGAGGCUGAGACUCCUGAGCCAAGGAGCUCCGGUCACACUGGAGCUGGCCAAGGCGAUCGGAGCAGCACUAACGCUGCUUCACGCCCUGGUGAUACUAAGGAAUAUCCGAUAGAUUUGGACUUGCCAGAAGGUUUCCAAUUCAAUCCGAUUGUAAUUGGUGAUAGUUUUGAGGAGCUUCGCCCUCGCAAGCGAAAGGGUGGUCUCGAUAAGAACGGUCGAUGCCGACCCCGGCGCCGGAUGUGUCAUAGGAGGAGCAGCAGAUGA